UAAUAAUUUAUUCAAUUAACUUAUCAUUAUUUGUAAAACAUGGUAAACGUAUUCAUUAUUUCCACAUUUUAAUCAUUCCAGAUGGACUUCGAAUCUGCAGCGAAGAAUGCCGUCUCCGUCAACUUCCCGACGACGCUGUGGAGGGGUGUCUAUUCCACUACACACAGUGUGUGUGGAAGAAGACACAAGGGGUUGGCCUUCAGGGCGACUACAACCACGACGAAGACAUCACCCGCUUCGUAAGGCGUGCUGCUGUACUGCCUUUGGUGCCCGUGACAGAUGUAGACGACGUGUGGCUGAACGCACUUGCAGACAUGCCUGACGACCCUCGCUGCCUCCGUCUCGCCGACUACGUGACCACCCAGUGGGUGGAAGGACAUAUACCCCAGACAGCGUGGAACCACUACCAGAACACCGGUCCAAGAACCAAUAACCACCUGGAAGGUUGGCAUGGUCGCCUUAAGAAAAUUAUUUCUAAGGCUCACCCCAAUGUCUUCGAGAUGUUGUCUUUCCUCAGGAAAGAGCAGAAACUGAACGAAAUCAAGCUUGUUCAGUACGCUGCUGGGAGGAAACCGCCACCAAAAAGGAGGAAGUACAUCCAUGUCAACUCAAGACUAGAGACUCUGAAGCAAGAACUCCGAGAUGGUGCCAUGAGUGUCAUGGUUUACGCUGAUGCCGUGUCGCAUCUAAUGAAGUUACAGUGAACUGACAUUUAGUGUGUGACUUUGAAGUGUGAUGCAGUAGACCUAGUGCUAAGUACUGAAUGCAAUGUUAAUCAUGCUUUGUGUAUAUUAUUAUUUAAUUUAUGUAUGUAAUAUUAAUGUAAAUGAACUAAUAAAAUAAAAUAGUGAUACCUGAUACUUGUACAUGACAGU